AUGGCGGCAUCCUUGUUCGCCCUGCGCGGCGGUCGCCAGCUUGCUCUGCGGUCGCGCGUGCGUGCUCCGACCUCAGUGCGACCGGCGUCGCUGUCGCCAUUUAACAGUACUCGCCGAUGUCUCCAUAGCUCGCAGCAACCGCCUGCAACGCGCCGUGGAGUCUACACUAGCUCUAUCAGCGACCAUGGCGAUCCCCAUCCCCCGGACCUUUAUCAGCCCCUCGAUACCUUCCCACGCCGGCAUAUCGGCCCCUCGCCCGAUGCCGCGGGUGAGAUGCUUGCGGUCCUGGAUCCUCCGGCAGCCUCGCUCGAUGACUUUGUGAAGCAGGUGUUGCCCGAGGACGUCCUUUCCAAGAAGGACCUGAAGGUCACCGAGCCCCAUGCCGACAUCAGCUUGUAUCGCUCCAGUGUGCAGGGUGGUCUGGGCGAGACCGACAUGCUCAAGCUGCUGGAUACUUACCGGAAGCAAAUUGACGUGUCGGGCAAGACCUACAUUGGAACCGGCUACUAUCCAACAAUCGUGCCCCCGGUCAUCCUGCGCAAUGUCCUGGAAAACCCGGCGUGGUACACAAGCUACACCCCCUACCAGCCCGAGAUCAGUCAGGGCCGCCUGGAGUCCCUCCUCAACUUCCAGACCCUUACUGCCGAUCUGACCAACCUGCCCUUCGCCAAUGCCUCUGUGCUGGAUGAGGCGACGGCCGCCGCUGAAGCCAUGACCAUGUCAUUUGCCACCAUGCCCGUGUCGAAGCAGAAAAAGGCCGACAAAUCGUAUGUCGUGUCACACCUGUGCCACCCGCAGACCAUUGCAGUGAUGCGCUCCCGUGCCGAGGGUUUCGGAAUUAACCUGGUGGUUGGGGACGUUCUGGCUGAUGACUUCAAGCUGGUUAAGGACCAGGGCGACCACCUCAUCGGUGUCCUGGCUCAGUACCCUGACACGGAGGGUGGUGUCUAUGACUUUCAGACGCUGAGUGACUCCAUCCACGGCCAGGGCGGUACCUUCAGCGUCGCCACCGAUCUGCUUGCCUUGACCGUUCUGAAGGCGCCUGGCGAGUUCGGUGCCGACAUUGCCUUUGGUAGUGCGCAGCGACUGGGUGUUCCAAUGGGCUUUGGCGGGCCUCAUGCCGCUUUUUUUGCCUGUGUGGACAAAUACAAGCGCAAGGUGCCUGGUCGUGUAGUGGGUGUGUCCAAGGACCGCCUCGGUAACCGGGCUCUGCGCCUGGCCCUCCAGACCCGUGAGCAGCACAUCCGUCGUGAAAAGGCUACCAGCAACAUUUGCACUGCACAGGCUUUGCUCGCCAAUAUGACCUCAAUGUAUGCAGUGUACCACGGUCCUGUUGGCCUCAAGUCGAUUGCCCAACGCAUCAUGUCCAUGACCGCUGCGCUGCGUGAGAAGCUUGUUGCCCUGGGCUACGAUGCUCCUAUUCGGACCAACACGACAGACGGCGGUGCUGUUUUCGACACUUUGGCCAUCGAACUUCCCAGCUCCGCCGAGGCUGAUGCCAUUGUGGCUGAAGCCCGCGCCCGGUCCGUUUUCUUGCGCCGACUUGGUGGGAACAAGGUCGGUCUCUCUCUUGAUGAGACUGUGGGUCGGGAAGAGAUCAAGGGGAUUUUGGAUGUCUUCGCAGCUCACAAGUCGGUGGAUGCUGUUGAGGUCGACGGCCUGCUUGGCCUUGCUCCUGUUCCCGCCAGCCUGGAACGCACAUCGUCCUACCUCACUCACCCCGUUUUCAACACCUACCACUCCGAGACCGAGAUGCUCCGGUACAUCCGUCACCUUGAGUCGAAGGAUCUCUCUCUUGCUCACUCGAUGAUCCCUCUGGGAUCUUGCACCAUGAAGCUCAACGCUACUACGGAAAUGAUCCCUGUAUCUUGGCCUGAGUUCUCGCAGAUGCACCCAUUCAUGCCCGCCGAUGUGGCCAAGGGCUACACACAGAUGAUUGACGACUUGGAGCAGCAAUUGGCCGACAUCACCGGUAUGGCCGAGGUCACCGUGCAGCCUAACUCGGGUGCCCAGGGCGAGUUUGCUGGUCUGCGUGUGAUCAAGAAAUACCAGGAAUCCCACGGUGGUUCCAAGCGCAAUGUCUGCUUGAUCCCUGUGUCGGCUCACGGUACCAACCCGGCUAGUGCGGCCAUGGCCGGUAUGCGGGUUGUGACGAUCAAAUGCGACACCAAGACCGGCAAUCUGGAUUUGGCUGACCUGAAGGCCAAAUGUGAGAAGCACCAGGACGAGCUGGCUGCCAUCAUGAUCACCUACCCCAGCACCUUUGGUGUGUACGAGCCGGGCGUCAAGGAAGCCUGCCGACUGGUGCAUGAGCACGGCGGUCAGGUGUACAUGGACGGUGCCAACAUGAACGCCCAGAUUGGACUGUGCUCCCCUGGUGAGAUCGGUGCCGAUGUCUGCCACUUGAAUCUGCACAAGACCUUCUGUAUUCCGCACGGCGGUGGCGGUCCCGGGGUCGGGCCCAUUGGUGUGGCGGAGCACCUGCGCGCGUUCCUGCCCUCGCACCCGACCAGCGAGUACCUCCAGUCCAAGCGUGAUGAGACGUCUUCGCCGCCUAUCAGUGCCGCCCCAUGGGGCAGCGCCAGCAUUCUUCCGAUCACCUUCAACUAUAUCAACAUGAUGGGCGACCGCGGUCUCACACACGCCACCAAGAUCACUCUCCUCAACGCCAACUACCUUCUCUCGCGCCUCAAGGCCCACUACCCAAUCCUGUACACCAACGACCACGGCCGCUGCGCGCACGAGUUCAUCCUCGAUGUCCGUGCUUUCAAGGACAGCUGCGGUGUCGAGGCCAUCGACAUUGCCAAACGUCUGCAAGACUAUGGCUUCCACGCCCCUACCAUGUCCUGGCCCGUCGCCAACACGCUGAUGAUCGAACCCACCGAGUCGGAGAACAAGGCCGAGCUCGACCGCUUCUGUGACGCCUUGAUCUCGAUCCGUCGCGAAAUCGCUCAAGUCGAGCGCGGUGAGCAGCCUCGCGAGGGCAACGUGCUGAAGAUGUCGCCGCACACGCAACGCGAUCUGCUGUCCACCGAGUGGAACCGUCCGUACACCCGUGAGGCGGCCGCCUACCCCGUGUCAUGGCUGUUGGAGAAGAAGUUCUGGCCGACGGUGACUCGUGUUGACGAUGCCUUUGGUGACCAGAACCUGUUCUGCACGUGUGGCCCUGUUGAAGACACCGAAUAG